UUAGACGGGGGAGAUUCAUAAUGAUGAGCAUCAAGAAAAAAGCGACGAGGCAGAGCCUCGCUUAAGCGACACCAUGACCGGCCAGCCAUGCCCAAAGCAGCUUCGAGGUGGACCAUCGCCCCACCUGCUCCCUUUCCCUUUUUCCUCCCUCUCUGAUCGCAUCCCUCCCUCCUUCCUCAUUCACCCAAACGGGCAUCCGCGACGAUGGGCGGCAGCAGCAGGACCAGCCCCCGCCUGCCCAGCUUCUGCUUCAACCGCAUCGCCGCUCGGGUCAGGGUCCGCUCCCCGCCGCCCAGCGAGAGGAAGCCUCCUCCUCCUCCUCCAGCCGACAAUGCGGUGGAGCCCAACCCCGCGGAAGAAGAGGCUGAGGUCGCGUCGAUCGGGCGGAGGAGGAUCAUGAUCGUGGUGGACACCAGCCCGGAAUCCAAAACGGCGAUGCUCUGGGCGCUCUCCCACGCGGUGCAGACCAGCGACUGCGUCGUCCUCGUCAACGCCGUCAGACCAUCCUCCAAGCACGGCGAUCGAUCGAGAGAUUCCAAGUCUCGUGAGCUCCUCCAUUCCAUGAAAAACAUUUGCCAAGCCAAAAAACCAGAGGUUGUUGUGGAGGUAUCCGUGGUGGAAGCGACGGAGCGAGGGGCGGCCAUCCUGGAAGAGGCGAGAAAGCAAGGGGCCUCCCUCCUGGUAAUGGGGCAGAAGAAGAGGUCCUUCACGUGGAGACUGGUCAUGCUCUGGGCCGGCAACAAGAUCUCCGGCAGCGUCGCUGACUACUGCGUGCAGAACGCGACGUGCAUGGCGGUGGCGGUGAGGAGGAAGAGCAGGAGAGGCGGUGGCUACUUGAUCACCACCAAACGGCAUAAAGAUUUCUGGCUUCUGGCUUGAUUGAAAAUUGAAAUUCGCCUGGGUGUCUACAUAAUUAACUGAUUGAAUUCUUUUGGGUGGUGUUUGGUAGAUAUUGAUGUAGAUUUAUUGCACCUCCUUGCGAUCUGCUAGUUUGCCGAUUUGGUUUUUGUUUUUGGGUUGCGGUUAAAGAGAGAGAGAGGGGGUAUUGUGCCGAUUUGUCAAGGCUGAAAUAUUGAAGAGGCAUGUGCCGAUCAAGACAUUUAUGUUUGAAUAUGACAAUAUCACAAUCUAAUACGCCGACCAAGACAUUUAUGUUUCUCCUGCAAUCUCAAAAGACCUUUCGCGAACUCCUGAUUCCCGGUCACUAACAGACCAUUCAAGACACGAUUGAACAUGAACUUCCUUGGCAAAUGACCCCUCUCCACCAUCUCCAUCACCAUCUUCCCAGCUACUAGCAUGUCCUCAGACCGUCUCCUCGAGAACAUUGCACUUAUAAUCACAUUAUAAGUGUCCAGAUUUGGCAAACAGCUCUCCUUCUCGUGCAUUCUCCCAAACAGCUCCAAGCCUUUCUCAAACUUGCCCUCCUCAAGCCAAUGCCUUAUUAAAAGGUUAAACGUCUGCACAUUUGGCUCGCAGUUGUCGAGCUUCAUC